UUGUAUGUUGUUUAGAUGAGACACCAACGGGAGAGCGUAUCACGAAGUUCUGUAUUUCCAUCACAGGUGUCGCGGGAGUUUCACUUACACAAUAAAAUGCCGUAAAUUAGAAACAAAUGACAGAGCUGGGAAAGAUUAUCUACAUUGUCUUUACUUCAAAGACAACCCUUAAAACUUAAUUAUUGUAUGCUUUAUUUAAAUUUCAAAUCUGAAAUAUUAUAGAUUCGGGUUCCCUAACAAUAGCUUAUUUGCUACACGAAGAGAAAACAAAAUAUAUAUGAACUACUAUUUUCGAUAUAAGCUACGCUUUAAAAGUUAAAAAUGAACACAUUUUUCAUUGCCACCUCUUUCUGUAAGUAGUUGUAUCUCAUUAUGGCAAUGAUUCAAGGAACGCAGUUGAAAAUAAAGCACGAGACUGAUCGAUGCGGAAUCGUGGUGAAACAAGAUGUCAGCGUUAAGUGCAGGAGGGAAGAUAUGAAUGGACCGAAUUCGAUGUACAAGAUGCGACCGAUUAUCAAGUUGGCGGAGGAAAUAGACUUGCCAAAAUGCAUGUACAAAAUGAAAGUUAUACAGAACUCUCAUUGCGUGGUACAGAUAGACAGAUCUACAAAUGAUAGAUUGGCAUCUGCUAUUACGGAACAGAAACCAAUGCCUGAAGUAGUUGCUUUGGAGAAUAGGCAAGAAGCAAUUCUAGUUCAACUGGCCCAGUUAAAACAACAACUUAAUAAUUUGAGGGAGCAAUUAAAGAAGCCAACAUCAUGCACAUCUAUAAAGAUUCAAGUUCAAAAUACUUACAAGAACGGACUACAUGACGAAAUAGUUGUUAAAGCCAAUCCUAAACGGCCUCCGUAUUCUUUACUGGCUUUGAAUCGUCUACUCCAGAAUAGUAUAAAUAUUCGUAACUAUGUUCAUUCUACAACUGAAGACCUGGGCGAAAUCCUCAAACAGUUCAAUAAAACAUCAAAUUCUCCACUUUUCAAUAUCAGAUUAAUUUGGAAAGAUGUGCCUGAUACUGAAUUCUUGAUCAGUCCUACCAAACAUUCAGGAAUAACAACAGAGGUGAAUCUUUUGAGGUUUUUGAGUCGCUCAGGACCACCAGAAUUGAAUUACGAAGCUUCAGGGGAUGCAGUUUUUGCUAGUAUUGCUGAUGAACUUCUUGACACAUGUUAUAGAAUUGUGAAGGAAACUACAAUAAAAGGAAGACAGAUUCAUUUUAAAUUAUUUGGUGCAGCUCUUCAAAAAUAUCAGUUUCUAAUGGGAGACAAUGUAUCUGUGGUGGACAUAGCAGGGUGGUCAGCACUAAAACAGAUUGGUUAUGUGUCUAAAGAUUUGCCUUCAAAUGUCAAUACAUGGAUUGAAAGGUGUAAUCACAUUUUUGGAGUAAAUGUGGCACAUUAACAUUUAAAUUAAGAAGACCACUGUCUUCCAGUUAUAAUUAAUAAUUUAUAAAGGAGUAAUUUAAGCAAUGAAAUUUGAUAACAGCUGUUCACAUCAGAUAAUAAAUACUGGCACACUGAUUUGAAGUUUCAUUUCUGAAUUCCUUUUUUAAAAAGAUUUUUAAACAAAAUUAUAUGGCAGUGGUAUAUAUUUCUGUAACAAGACAUUUCAUACAAAUACAUUUCAUUACUUAAUGGAAACUAAAACAUGGCAACAAAUUCUGGAACAGAAGAUAAAUAAAUUCAAACAAAAUUACAGUCAUAAUAAAAUUGAACCCUUAAAUCUCUAGCUUAUUAUAUUUACUCUUACAACAUUCCCUUUUCUGCACAGGAGAAAUGAAUCUUUCCACGAUAAUGCAGUUUGGUCAGUUAAGUGGGAUUAUUUUUUUAUAAUAACCUAUUUUUGUGACCUUGUAAUUUACCAAUUCACAGGAAGUGCUAGUGUAAAAAAAUUUGAUUGUUAACAAUCUGUAAAAAAAAGUUGGAUAUUAAAAUGUGUAUCAAAGGUAUUGUGAACGUUUACAUUUUCAUUCAAAAACUUGGAGUGAAAAAAAAAAAGCUUCAGAUGGGAUGUGCAUUGAACAAAUAAACUAAAAGUACUAUGAAAUCUGUGAGUAAUUUUCAUUUGAGAACUGGAAUUUUUUGGCUAAUGCAAUUUCUAUCAAUAAUUUGUAUUAAGACAUUCUGAAGUAAAAUGCUGUAUUAAGUUUGCUGCUCAAUUAUAAAUUUGAAGUCAAAAGUAUUUAAACUUCAAAACUUUUUUGGUGUCAGACUUAAUUGUAAAAUUAGUGUAGGUACAUCAAACAGGUUAAAUUUGAAUUAACUUUUAUGAGAAGAAAAUUUUGUGAAAUAAUAUUGAAUUUCAGAAUUCUGAAAACAAAGGCACUUAUACAAUUAUAGCAAUUUCUGCUUUUCUUGAAGGAUUGAAAUAAGGUAAAAAAUGAAAAUGCUGGGGAUUUUAAACAUUUCAAAUUAAUGCAACACUUCCUUUAUGUACAUAAUUGUUAUUUUAGUAUUGGCACAUACAGCGAUCUUGUAAUAUCUGGUCAUGUUCCAGACUUAGAAGGAAAAUUAUCCUUUGCUAACAACCAUUUCAUCAUACACAUUAGAUUUAAGUGAGAUUUUUUCUUUGAAACUAGAUUUCUACAUGAGGCAGUAUAUUUUAUCAAUGCCUUGAUUAUAUUGAUAUUUUAUUACUCAAGUAAUAUGAGAGAAAAUUAUCAAAAUCAAGGCAUUAUGUACUUAAUGUACUGUAUACAUAAAAAAGCCAAGGAAUAGAACAAUUAUUGAGAAACCUCGACUGACAAUAUGUAUGAUUUACACAAGGAAAUAAACAUAAUAUACACCUCUCAUGCCACUUCUUACCACUGUAAAAAUCUAUAAAAGUAGAAGAGGGAGGUUAUUUCAUUAACAGACAUUCAUUAUUAAACCAAGACUAUGCAAAAAUCCUGGGAUGCUGAUCAAGACAUUCACACUAUGUUGCUGACUUCAUUUUUACAUGAUAAACCACUAAAGCUUCAUUGUCUUCUACAAAACUUCCCGUUAAGUAGCAAGAUGGAACUUUAUGUAAAGUCUUCCAUGAUUGACUGUACAAGUUAAUAAUAAAAGUUUAUUACACUCACUCACAAAUAAUAAGUCAUCUAAUAAUUUACAUUCAACAACCACUGUUUGCUUGGAAUGCUUGCUUCACUUCUGAGUCAGUCUAUGUUUUUUUGUGCAGAGGAGACAACUAUUACGUCCAGAAGAGAAACCAAACAAAACAAAAAGAAAAUAGCACUCGCAAUAAAGAACAAUCACACUUCAAACAGUAUCAUUAUUAUCACAGAUCUUGAAAGCAAGUAUAGAAUGUGAUGUGGUAAUGCAAUGUGUACCGACUUUGGUCAUCACUUGCUUUAUAGUCUUUAUAUUCAUAUUAUCAUCUUCACAUUUGGAAUAAACUUUUCUAAAAGAAUGCAUAAAUACUGUAUUUGAAUAUUUUAAAAAUUCACUUUUAUUUCAAAAUAACUUAUGUAAACUUCAAGUUGGGAGUCGUCUGUGUUGUGAGUUCUCUGCCUGGUCCCAAAACAGAGUUUC